UCGCAGUCUUUCAAGUUUUAAUCUUUAAUAAACUAAAGAAUUAAUGUUCACUUUAAUAUAAAUUUUUAUUUAAACUUCACAAAGAUUUUUAAUUCUGGGUCAGAAUGAACUGGUUUCUUCAAAUUAGUGCCCUGUCUGUAAUUUUCUGUAAAACUAGAUGUCAAAAUCACGAUUUUAAGAAUUGUCCAGAGAAUAUGAUCUUUAUCCCAUCAGAUGAGAAUUUAAACGAUUGGAUUUGCCACUGUGAAGAAUCUGAUUUAUACUUUCCUGCAACCAAUUCUUGUCACGAGGCUUACAAACGCGGACCUUGUCCUCCUGAAAAUUACCUGAUUUUUCCACCAGGAGAAAAAUGGGAAAAAUGUGAAAAAAAUCCUUGUCUUCAAGAUGGUCUCGUUUUAUUUGAAGGAUCCUGCGCUCCAAUCAAAAAUCCUUUUGGAAAUUAUUUAAUUAAAAAGUUGUUGAGGGUCCACAAAUUUGAUUUAAGAUCACGAUUCUCCAGGUCAACAAUAAAAGCAACUAAUAUUGUUACUGCACCUGUGAAACCUUGUCCAAAAGGUACUCGCAGGGAUAGUAGUGGAAUUUGCAGGCCCGAGUUAGGCUCACAGGAGUAAUGAUACACAUCCAAAAAAUUCUCUAGAUGUUUAAUUUAUACUACUAUCAGUCAAUUUCUUGCUUUAAAUCAUUUAAUUUUAUACGGUCAAUGCAAAAUAUCCUGUAAAAUAUUUUUUAAGCUUACCGUACAUGUAUUUCAAAAGGAUUGUUUUGUCUCGAAUGAAUGAAAAGCAGGCUCAGGCAAAUUUGUAAUGCUAAUAUAGUCGUGGCAGAAAAAAAUAUUGUUUUUUAAGUUUAACUUAAAAUAUGAACAUAUAUAAACAUUUUUAUGGAAUUUCUAUUUGUUUGUUUCAUUCUAAAAUCAGGACAUUUUUAAAUAUGAAAAUAAAGUUACAGCUUGGUAGAUGUGCCGCGCCAAGAAAACUGUC